CUCAUCAAUUAACAGGUGUAUUCGUUGUAAGAUGAUGCCACUAAUGUGUCACAUGAUAAACCACGUUUGGCUGGCGUGGGACCGUGUAUGUACUGAAAGCGAUCUGUGCAGCGCCGGUGAACCCGGCCAACUCGUUUUCCUUCUGGUUCCGCCAAGAGCAGCAAAUCAAGGAGUUUGCUUGAGAGAGAAAAACUCGGGUGCAUCGAAAGGAGAGAAGAACCUGGAAGGCGAAGAGCGGUACCAGAAGACCACAGCGCCUGGGUUUGCUCUCUUCUUACUCUUGUGCGAAGCGAUCCAUCUCUAGCUACUAUAGCAACUAGCUAGCCAGCCAGCCAGAGCUCCAUCAAUUGCUACCAGUACCCACAAAAAGCAAAAGUAGUCAAUCUGCACCCACUUGCUUGUCGAUUGCUUGGUACCACUUUGACUUACACUACUACAACUAGCCACUACCGGUAGCACAGCAGCAGCAGAAACAUCAGAAUGGGUAUCGAAGAGUUGCAGCUACAGGGCAUCAAGGAGGAAGAUAUUGAUGAUAAUGAUGUCCUUCUGGGAAGAGGAGGAAAGACUAAUCAUCAUCCAGGCAAUGCAUCGUAUCUGAAGCUAAUCGAAGCUAGGGAAGUCGAGUACAUGUUUCUGGAAAGUCGUACAGAAAAGACAGAGUACGCCAUGAAAUUUGUGCAACAACUGAGAAAGGAAGGAAUCCGAUUCCUGAAAAAGGACCCCAAAAAUGGAAAACUCUGGAAUGAUGUGGGAGAUGUCAAAAUGAGGGAGAAAGUCAGUCAGAACCUAAGAGAACGACAACCCAAACUCAAGAAACAGUUCGAGCAGCAGAGGCAACACCAAGAAAUCAUGGGACAACCACAAUCAUCGCCCAUUCCUUCCAUGCAAAAACCCACUAUUCAGCACUUGUCGCCAGUGGCAAACAACAACAACAACAACAACAACAAUAACGGCAUGGGAAUGCCUCUCCCUGUGUACUCAUCAAGCCCCAAUCCAAACGCAAACAACAACAACAAUAUCCACCAAAACAACAUGCAACAAUUCCUACACAUGCAGGCCAUGGCGAAGCGAAAUCAGGAACAGUCACAACUCAUGAUGCAACAAAUGAUGCAGCAGCAACAACAGCAAGGGCAAAUGGGAAACUACGGUGUUGGGUCUGGCUCUGGACAUGGAUACCCCAACAUGGUGCCCUCGGAUGGUGGCAUGCCCUAUGGAGCUGGAGGAGCCAUGAUUCAAGGUGACGGAACCCCACUCAUGAUGAACAACAACAACUAUGGAAACAAUUUCAACAACAACAACAAUAAUAAUGCCUACGCCGGAAGUCAACAGCUCCCUGUGUACGAUCCGCUCGAUCAACGCGAGGCGGAUCUGCUGCAGGGAAUGGGGGCCAACGACCAUCCGCUGGCGCUAUCCAGAGCACAGUCGACAGAAUCGCAGUUGUUGUCGCCCGAAGAAGACUCCAAACUGAGGGCUGCCGAAGCACUACCCAGCGGACGACCCCAAAUGAUUCAACGAGGUCGAUCCACCGAUUUCGGAUUGCCCAUUACGGACGUACCUGGAAUGGAAAUUUUUGCUGCCAUGGGAUCCUCCACGACGUCCCUCUUGGAUUCGCUAGAGGUCGAUCCCGUGCCAGAAGAACAAGAAGGCGAUCUAUCGCCCAAGCGUACCGCUACGGCCACCAUUGGAUCUGCCCGCGAACAGUUCACUCCCGUCAUGGGCAAUCGUAGAAUGAUCCCACCAUUGACACGUGAUAACAGCAACAAUAACAGCACCCCGGCCAUGGUAUCGCCGACACCCACUUCACCGCAAAUUCAAGGAGGAGGAAUGCAACAGCAGCAACCACAAAAUGUCCUGGAUGAUAAUAUCCUGCAAGCGUGGGCCAAUUCCAAUGAUGGAGGAGACGCUUUGUCGCCGUUUAUGCAGCAGCAACAGCAGCCACCCAUGCCAUCACGAUUCCGUCGUACACAGAGCCAUCAAGUCGAAGGUGUGCCGCGUCCCACCGCAGCACCCAUGCGACGAUCCGGAACUGCUCCCGCUCCUACCAUGCCCCAAAAUUCCUACGAAUUGUCGCCUCGUCCCGGCGCCAUGACCAAGGACAAGCGCGCCACCAGCAAUGUCGCCGAAACACCCGAAACCCGUGGGUAUUUGGUACGACACGAAGGUGGUGGCGGACUGCCGAUGGAACUGCCCUUCUCGGAAGAUGCAGGUCCUCGCUCAGUCUCUGGGUCGAGCACAUUUUCCCUGAAAAAAGCAUCCUUGGGUCGAGACAAGAGUGAACAGUCGCGCCUCUUGAAACAACAGUGCAUGCCAAAUGCAUUUGCGGCCAAUGCCUUUACAGCCGGUGGCAUGGAUGGCAGCAGCAACGGCACAGCUCCAGGCGGUUGGUUGGGUGCGGGAUUCAACGCUGAUCCACCACUGACGCCUCCGGUCUCGGCGGGAAAGCAAGUUGAUGGUGCCAGUCUGCAGCGCGAAUACACACCCAGAACCUAUGGAAUGAUGCAGGACUUUGGCAAACUCAGUGUGCAUGGUGGUGGUGGCAUGAGAAGCGGCGAAACACGAACCGCUAAUCGCUUUGAGGACACUAUUGCAAGUCGGUCAAAUGAGGAAGCCGCCCAAUCGGCAGACCAGAUUCCCAUGGAUCUCAUGAUCAAGAAGCCGGCAAUGAUGACAUGGAGAAACCGCAGCACCACCAUGAACGCCUUGGAUCUCGACGGCUUGGACGAUGAUCCUGUGUUGCUGGGAGAAGACGAUGAUCGCCGAACCAGUCGCGCUUCCAUGAACAGCAUCGCUGGAAUGUGGACAAACACCUCUGCUGAGUUCGAUGCGUUUGUGUCUGACCUGGCUGGUCAGCCGGUGAACAAUUUGGUUCUCGAUCUUCCCACACUGGGCGGCGAAGCAAGCAAAACGGCAAAUUUGAAGGUAUAGCUGCAUGUGGGGGAGAGGAUGAAUAAUUCGAACUGUUCUAUUCUCCGCUGCUUCAUCAUCAUUCACACAGAUCGAGUUGUGGAUUUUGUCGGCCGGCCAGGGUGUGGGGAUUCCUGGAAGAAAACGAGUAACUUUAUGAAAUUUGAAGACACCAAAGAUGCAUUAUAGUUCAAUAGUAAGGAGCAGCUAGUGAACACUUGGCUGUAGUUUACUUUAGCUAGCUAGCUAGAUGAUAGACAGAAUUGAACAGGAAAGAUUGGAACGAA